AUGGCGUCGUGCUGCGCCCCCGCGGGCGGCGGCGCCCCCGGCUCGAACCCGCGCAAACCGCGCGGCAGGAAGCUCGUCUCCGGCGGCGUCACCGGCGCGUGCGAGUGCUCCUCGGGCGCGCGAUGCGACUGCCAAGUAUGUCACUGCCUGGGAUGCCCGUGCAAGCCCGAGCGCGUCCUCACCGCGGCGCUCUCGCGCGCGGGGGACCCGGAAACGCUGAACGACCUCGUGAGCAAGCACUGGGGGCGACUAAACGCCGUGCACGUGUGCGCCGCGCUGCGAUCGCUCGCGAGCACGACGACGACGACGACGCGCGGAGACGACGAUCGCGAUCGCGAGUCGCCCGCGCUCGAGAAGCUCCUCUGCGCGCUGCGCGCGCGCGCGAAAGAGAUGUCCCCGCGAGCGCUGAGCACGUCGGCGUGGACGCUGGCCAUGUUAUCCCCGUCUUCCGCGGACCUCGCGACGGUGGCGCCGACGCUGUCGAGCGCCAUCGUGACGCGCGUCGCCGCCGGAUCCCUCCCGCCGCGAGACGUCUCGCAGAUCCUCUGGUCUUACGCCACGCUGGGGGAGGCGAAACUGCCGACGACGAAGGCGUGGCGGGACGCGAUGACGGACGCGGUCGUGAGGAUGGUCGCGUCGAGAGGAGGAGGCGGAGGAGGCGGCGGAGGCGGCGGAGGCGAAGGAGGAGGAGGAGGAGGAGGAGGGGCGGGCGGCGGCGCGGCGAACCCGCGGGAUCUGUGCGUCGCGUUGUGGGCGGCGGCGACGCUGACGCCGCCGCUCGCUCGCGUCGCGUCCGACGCGUCGUUCGCGCGCGCGGCCGCGGACGUGGUCGCCGCGUCGGAGAGGACCAUCACGCCGCGGCAGCUCGCGCAGUGCCUGUGGGGAUACGCGUCGCUCGCCGCCGCCGCGGACGCCGACACCGACGGAGACGGACUCCGCGGACGCGAACAGACGAUCGAGAUUCGACGCGAGAGGACGGCGUUCCUCGGCGCGUGCGCGCGCGCGAUCGCGCGGCCUGGCUUCCUCGGCGUAGAUGACACGGGAUCCGACGUGGAUGCUGACGUGGAGACGGACGGGACGGAAGAACGCGAACGCGAACGCGCGACGCCGCAAGACGUCGCCAACGCGUGGCACGCGUUCGCGUCUAUUCGCGCCGACCCCGGGGACGACGCGGUCGCCGCGCUCGCGUCCGCCGCGACGGACCUCGCGGACGACUUCACCCUCGAGGAAGCGUCGGACGCGCUCUGGGCGAUCGCGACGACGCGCGCCGACGCCGACGACGCCGACGACGCCGCCGACGACGCCGACGACGCGGCGGCGGCGGCGGCGGCGGCGGCGGCGACGUCUUCCGCGACUCGAAACCUCGCUCGCCGCGUCGCCGCGCUGACGUCCGCGUCUUCGCCGUGCUGCGUCGACGCGCGGUGGACGUGCGCGUCGCUGUGGGCGUGCGCGUGCUUGGGGCAGGUUCGCGGCGAGGACGCGCGCGCGAUGUGGCGCGUCGUCGACGUUCAAUUCGGCGGCGGCGGCGAGGCGGUUGGGCGGCUCUCGGUCGCGAGCGCGACGCAGCUGUAUUACGCGUCGUGGCGGUACCUCGCGGAGGACGUCGACGACGACGAGGGCGACGCGCGCGACGCGAGCGACGACGCGCGCGGAGCGGCGCGCGCGGCCGCGCGUCGGUGCUUCGCGUCCGGACGCGGACGCGUGUCGGACAUGUCCGACGUGUCCGACCGCGUCCGAACGUCGAAGACGCAACGCGCCGCCGCGGACGCGUUUCGCGCGAUGCUCGGGUCGCAGAACGUCGAGCUCGAGAGGGAGAUUACGCUGCCGCUGCGGCGGCGCGGGGGGGGCGACGACGCGGAGACGGCGAGGGUGGUCGUGGACGUGGUCGCGGAGACGAAGGAGAUCAUCGUCGCGGUCGAGAUCGACGGGCCGACGCACUUUCUGUCGUCGUGUUCAGACGGAGACGAAAAAAUCGGAUCCAAGUCGCGCAAGACGGGAGGCACCGCGCUGAGGGACUACUUACUGAGCAGAGGCUGCGCCGCGGCCGGGUACGCGUACGUCUCCAUUCCGCACGCGGCGCUCGACGCGGGCGUUGAGGAAGCGGUGAAGGCGGCAUUGGCUCGAAUAAAGAUAGCGAUAUCAGAUAUAAGAUAG